AUGCUACUGGCCAUGUCAAACUCUCAGCAGACACACCGGUACACUCCGUUGCCCGGCCCGAAAUGGCUUCGACUCUUGCGGAUUCUGUCUAUCACGGAAGAGGAGGCUGUCUGCUCACUGGAGGCGUUUGACAUGAGCAGACUUCCGAAGUACGAUUGUUUGUCCUACACUUGGGGCGAUCCGAUGUCUCGAGAUCUCUACCCCCCUGACGAUCUUCAACACGAGAUGUCCGCAUCUUGCGACAAACAAAUUCGGCAUGCAGACGGCUCCAUCAUCAAGGUCACCGAGAACCUAGUCCAAGCAUUGAAGCGGCUCGCCGAGUUCGGCUAUUCUUCAUCGCUCGACAAUCCGACUCCGCAGUACCUAUGGAUUGAUGCGAUAUGUAUCAAUCAGGGAGACAAUGUUGAGAAGGGCUCUCAGGUCGCGAUGAUGGACGUGAUCUACAGUCGUGCCGAAACCGUUGUUGUAUGGCUUGGGGAAAAAGACUUCCAUACCGCAGGCGCUUUGAAGACGAUGAAGGCAUUGGCAGAGGUGAACAUCAACACGUUCGAGGAGACACCCUAUUUUGAUGACUACGAUGCCUUCACUGCGUACGACACCAUGAUUGAAGCUGGCAAGACUUUGCAACUGCCAAAUAUCGAGGCCGGCGAGUGGCGGGAUUACGCCGCCUUUCUUCAACGGAAGUGGUUUGAGCGCAUUUGGGUCGUACAAGAGAAGGUGUUCGCUAAGAACACGGAGUCUCAAGACUAUUCGAAGAUCGUCUGA